AUGGACGCGCACGUGACAAUCACCCACGCAGACGGAGCCAUCGGUAGAGAACAAUUUUCGAUCCGGUGCCUGGCGCACCUUCUUCCCAAAUACGCCGACGCGAUCACCGUGGUUGCACGGACGGCCAAGCUGAGUGGCCGCGGGCUCAAACAGUACAAGGAACCGCUCAUCGUGAGCUACGCCAACCAAACAGGUCUGCCGCUUGUGCGUGCAGAUCAACGUGCCGACUUUGACAGGCUGUGCGGCCAGUUCGACAUCUGCGUGGCUGUGUCUUUUGGACUUCUCAUCCCUGCCUUCUUCCUCGAGUCGCUCAAAUACCCGGGUCUCAACGUGCACCCGUCGUUGCUGCCAGCGUUCUCCGGGCCGGCUCCCAUGCAACGCGCGCUACUCAGCCACCAGAAUUACACCGGAGUGUCCUUGCAGACGCUCGAUAAGAAGAAAUUCGACCGUGGGCGCAUUCUGGCACAGGAUAGACAAGAGAUCACCGAAUCGGAGACCCUUGACUCUCUGUGCGAGAAACUGGCGGAUGCCGGCGGCAGGCUGCUGAAAAAUUCUCUGGACACUGGCCUGUACAAGCCGCAAAAUUACCCUUCUUUCGUCUCACCUGAAAGCUACUCGUACGCGGCGAAAAUAAAGCCUUCAGACAAACGCAUCGACUGGAAUAACUUCACCACAAAACAGAUCCUACGGCGACAGAACACGCUCGGUCCGCUCUUUGCCAACGUCCAGGCCAUCUCCAAGGAAAACCAGCCCAUCCUCAAACGGCUACCACACGCGACGAGUCUGCACAGCCAGGACAAUUCUCUCUCAAAGAUGGAAAACUGACGGUGGCCACCAUAGACAGCGCUGUCGAGUGCGCGACGCCAGGACUGGA